AUGGCGCACUCCAUCCCUAAGAUGCAGUGGGCACAAGUCGUCGAAAAGAAAGGCGGCCCGCCAAUCUACAAGCAAAUCCCUGUGCCGACGCCAGGCCCCGACGAAGUCCUCGUGAAAGUCAAGUACACCGGCGUCUGCCACACCGACUUGCACGCCAUGAAGGGCGACUGGCCGCUCCCACUAAAGCUCCCUCUGGUCGGCGGCCACGAGGGCGCAGGCAUCGUCGUGGCCAAGGGCGACUUGGCCCAGGGCAUUGAGAUCGGCGACCAUGCCGGUAUCAAGUGGCUGAACAGUUCGUGCCUGACAUGUGAGUUCUGCAAGACGGCCGAUGAGCCGCUCUGCACGGAGGCUCAGCUCUCGGGUUACACCGUCGACGGCACGUUCCAGCAGUAUGUGAUUGGCAAGGCGGCGCAUGUGACCAAGCUGCCUGACAACGUUGCUCUUGAUGCUAUUGCGCCUAUUCUUUGCGCGGGUAUCACUGUCUACAAGGGGUUGAAGGAGUCGGGUGCUCGUCCCGGACAGACUGUGGCUAUUGUUGGGGCGGGUGGUGGUCUUGGUUCGUUGGCGCAACAGUAUGCGAAGGCGAUGGGACUGCGGGUUAUUGCGAUUGAUGGCGGGGAUGAGAAGCGUGCUAUGUGUGAGAAGCUUGGCUCUGAGGUCUACGUCGACUUCACCAAGUCUAAGGAUCUGGUUGCGGAUGUCAAGGCCGCCACGCCUGAAGGACUAGGCGCGCACGCUGUCCUUCUCCUCGCCGUCUCCGAGAAGCCGUUCCAGCAGGCUGUCGCGUAUGCUCGUUCCCGUGGAUCCAUUGUCGCCAUUGGCCUCCCCGCCAAUGCCUUCCUCAAGGCUCCUGUUUUCGAAACCGUCGUCAAGAUGAUCAACAUCAAGGGCAGCUAUGUCGGUAACCGCCAGGACGGUGUCGAGGCCGUCGACUUCUUCGCCCGCGGCUUGAUCAACGCCCCGUUCAAGACUGCUCCUCUGGAGGACCUUCCCAAGAUCUUUGAACUGAUGGAUUUCACAGAGCAUGGCAAGAUUGCUGGUCGCUACGUCCUUGAGAUCCCGGAGUAA